CCACUGAAGCUAUCUGUCUGAAGACAAGACAGCAGCUCAUCACAUUACUAACCACAGCACCACAGAAGAAGAGAUGGCCCAGAUCAGAGCCCCUGUUAUUGUGCUGCUCGUGCUCCUGACUGUGGGGCUGUUCACUACUGAGGCUUCUGCAGCUAAACAAGCACGUCGUAGAAGAUUCUGCUGUCAAAGCUAUACUGGUGGGGAAAUACCUUUUGCAUUUAUCGUAGGAUAUACCCUACAGCCCACGACUGAAAUCUGCAGAAUCCCUGCCAUCAUAUUCCACACUAAAAAUGGGAAAGAUUUAUGUGCAGACCCUUCCCAGAGCUCGGUGAUCCAACAUGUCAACCGACUGAGGGACAAGGCGAUUCACAUCAGGAAAUCACAGUCCUAAUCCGAUGAUGGGUUCUGGAUACAGAGGAGCAGAACAUGUGUAUUUAACAGUCAGGAGCUGAACAUGUUAAUAACCAGUGUGUAUAGUGUAUAUUCCAUCCUGUUUCAUCUGCUAUCCAUCUACCUAAAUCUUCUUAGUCCUAUAUUUUCUGGGCUGAUUUUAUAUGAAUAUAUUUUGCAGAUUAAAAAAAUGUAGUUAUAAUAUAACACUUUAUGAGCAAUAAGGUUAAGAUCUCGUUGUAAGACAGGAAACUGAAUGUUUAAACUUUUUUUCAUGAAAACAUUUGUUACUUAUUGUCACUGUUACAAUUUAUGUCUAUAAUAAAUGUAAUAUAUUUUUACUAUAACCUGUUUGUAUAUGAAAUAGGCUUCGUCAUUGCAGAGUUUAAUGGUUUGAUCUCGUUUUAUGGGCAUCAGAAAUUGUACACGUUGUAACAUUUUAUUCAUAAAAGUCUUGUGUAUGAUCAUAUCAUUGAUCACAUCUGUUGCUUUAAACUGUUACUUUAAUAUUUUAUGUCUAUAAUAAAUAUAUUUUCCUAAGAA